AAACGACACAGAACAGAAACAACCUGAUCGCCCUCUCUCUCCACCGCUUCCGCCCGUUCUCCCAUCCUUCCUUCCCCACCGCCUCCACCACCGGCUCCUCCUCCCCGCCUGGAUCCGGAUCCCAACCCAUGCCAACACCAAUGCCGGUGCAACGCCGCAAUGCCCCGGGUUCGUAGCCUCGCCUAACCCACCCUGGAUCUCACGUCUACCGCCCCCGAGGAUGUGGCGGCGCAAUUGAUCGGCCCUUCGAUCGGGAAUGAAGCGCGGGGGCAUCGGGGGCGCCGACGUGGAGGCCCCAGGGCCGAAGCCGACACAGCAGAGGAACCGCAGUGUGGAGUCCCACGACCGCGCCGUCGUCCAGAUGGUGUCCAUGGAACCCGGCUCGUCAGCGGGCGCAGCGCCCAGGCACAUGAAGCCUGGUACUAAUCUAAGUACUGACCCAAGAAUGCAAAUGGCUUCUUCAAAUGGUCAUGUCACACCUAAUGUAUCUCAAAGUGAUUCCAAGCUGGAACUCUUUGGUUUUGACUCUCUGGUCAAUAUUUUGGGACUUAAGAGUAUGACAGGAGAACAAAAUCAGGCACCAGCUAGCCCUAGGAGUGGUGAGGAUGUGGGGAUUACCAUCGGAUGCCCUAAGGAAACUGAGCAUAAACUUGGUACCAUGAUGGGUGUCUUCAUUCCAUGCUUACAGAACAUCUUGGGAAUAAUAUACUAUAUUCGUUUUACUUGGAUUGUGGGUAUGGGAGGCAUAUGGCAGUCACUUGUUUUAUGCGCAUUCUGUGGUGCAUGCACAUUUUUAACUGGAAUAUCAUUAAGUGCAAUCGCGACAAAUGGAGCAAUGAAGGGUGGUGGCCCUUACUAUCUAAUUGGCCGUGCACUUGGUCCAGAAGUUGGAGUUAGUAUUGGAUUGUGCUUUUUCCUUGGAAAUGCAGUUGCUGGAGCUAUGUAUGUGCUGGGAGCUGUAGAAACCUUUUUGGAUGCGGUUCCAUCUGCUGGAUUUUUUCAAGAGAGUGUAACGGUGGUCAACAAUACAUUAGUAAAUGGUACAACAGUAGCUGGUGCAACAACUGUAUCAACACCCAGCUUGCAUGACCUCCAGAUCUAUGGUGUCAUCUUGACCAUACUGCUCUGUUUUAUUGUAUUCGGUGGUGUCAAAAUUAUCAAUAAGGUUGCUCCUGCUUUCUUAGUACCAGUCCUCUUCUCAAUACUUUGCAUUUAUAUUGGCGUCUUCAUAGCACCAAGGCCUAAUGCUUCAAAGGGGAUCACUGGGUUAAGUAUAUCUACACUUAUGGAUAACUGGAGUUCAGAGUACCAACGUACAAACAAUGCUGGAGUCCCUGAUCCAAAUGGCUCAAUAUAUUGGGAUUUUAACGCAUUGUUAGGACUCUUUUUCCCAGCUGUUACCGGAAUCAUGGCCGGUUCAAACCGGUCUGCUUCACUGAAAGACACACAACGUUCAAUACCAGUUGGAACAAUAAAUGCUACCCUUUCAACUACUGUGAUGUAUCUGCUAUCUGUGUUUCUAUUCGGAGCCUUGGCUACAAGAGAAGAGCUUCUAUCUGACAGGCUUCUUGCUGCAACAGUUGCUUGGCCUGCUCCGGUAGUAAUUUACAUUGGUAUUAUUUUGUCCACUUUGGGUGCAGCGCUACAGAGUAUGACAGGGGCUCCAAGGUUACUUGCAGCAAUAGCGAAUGAUGACAUCCUUCCUGUUCUUAAUUGUUUUAAGGCUUAUGAAGGGUCUGAACCUCAUGUGGCAACUCUGUUUACAAGCUUCAUCUGUAUUGCUUGUGUUGUGAUCGGGAACUUAGAUCUAAUUACACCCACUAUCACUAUGUUUUUCCUCCUGUGUUAUGCUGGUGUGAACUUGUCAUGCUUUCUGCUUGACCUCCUUGACGCUCCUAGUUGGCGCCCUCGAUGGAAAUUUCACCACUGGAGCCUUUCUCUGAUUGGAGCAUUUCUUUGUAUUGUUAUCAUGUUUAUGAUCUCAUGGGCUUUUACCGUGGUCUCCCUUGCUCUUGCAAGCCUCAUCUACUACUAUGUCAGCCUAAAAGGAAAGGCUGGUGACUGGGGAGAUGGAUUUAAGAGUGCAUACUUCCAACUGGCUCUGCGAAGUCUCCGAUCGCUGGGAGCUAAUCAAGUUCAUCCUAAAAACUGGUACCCUAUUCCUCUCAUAUUCUGCCGCCCUUGGGGUAAACUUCCAGAAAAUGUCCCAUGCCAUCCAAAACUUGCAGAUUUUGCCAAUUGCAUGAAGAAAAAGGGACGUGGUAUGUCGAUUUUUAUCUCAAUCAUGGAUGGCAACUACCAUGAAUCGGCUGAGGAUGCAAAAAUGGCCUGCCGUCAACUAAGCGCAUAUAUUGACUAUAGGCGUUGUGAGGGUGUCGCGGAGAUAAUCGUAGCACGCUCAAUGUCAGAUGGUUUUCGCAGCAUUGUUCAGACAAUGGGCCUUGGCAAUCUGAAGCCAAACAUUGUUGUGAUGCGUUACCCUGAGAUCUGGCGACGUGAGAAUCUGACACAGAUACCGUCGACAUUUGUCAGCAUCAUAAAUGAUUGCAUUAUUGCUAACAAGGCUGUUGUCAUUGUGAAAGGACUCGACGAGUGGCCUAAUGAGUACCAGAGACAGUAUGGGACCAUUGACCUAUACUGGAUUGUGAAGGAUGGAGGACUAAUGCUUCUGUUAUCUCAGCUCCUACUCACCAAAGAUAGCUUUGAAAGCUGCAAGAUUCAGGUCUUCUGCAUAGCUGAAGAGGACAACGAAGCUGAAGAGCUAAAGGCUGAUGUAAAAAAGUUUUUGUAUGAUCUUCGGAUGCAAGCUGAGGUUAUAGUUGUGACUAUGAAGUCAUGGGAAGCAUGUGCCGAGAGCAGUGCUGGUGCUAAGAAUGAUGAACCACAAGAAGCAUAUGCAAGCGCUCAGCGUAGAAUCAGAACAUACCUUUCCGAGAUGAAGCAAACUGCACAAAGAGAAGGGCGGACGCUGAUGGAGGAUGGCAGAGAAGUUGUGGUUAAUGAACAGAAGGUUGACAAGUUUCUCUACACUAUGCUGAAGCUGAAUGCUACCAUCCUCAAGUACUCCAGGAUGGCCGCUGUGGUGCUGGUUAGCCUCCCACCGCCACCUCUGAACCACAUGGCCUACUGCUACAUGGAAUACAUGGAUCUGCUUGUCGAGAACGUCCCGCGAAUAUUGAUAGUUAGGGGGUACAGAAGAGAUGUCGUCACACUUUUCACAUGAUUAGAUACACAUCGGAGGAUCUAGCUUGGUGGUUGUACCAUUCCAGCGUGAUGGUUGAGCAGAUGCUGCAUGGAUUGUACUGCUGAAGUUGGAACUUGGAAGCCAUCAAGUCGAAUUCUAGAUGGAUUUUACUGAUUCAUACGUGCAUAACAUUAGUUUCAUUCUUUAUAAAUUCAAGACAUUCACACGGAUAGAAAAUACCUGGUCUAUAAAUUUUUUAUAGAGAAGCUUUUCU